AUGAAAGGUAAUAGCUCUGAGGAUUCAAUCCACCUUGAGAACGUGGUGCCAACCCCUCCGACCCACGACGUCGAAGAAGACAAAAUACGGGCUGCAACUUCACUUCACGAUCCUCAGAGCUGGAGGCCAUGGAAGAAGAAUGCACAGAUUCUGAUGGUUGCUUUUCAUUCCAUGAUAGGAACAUUCAUGGCAGCUGGUAUCAUUCCGGCUUACGACACCUUUGCUGAGCAGUAUGAUAUCACGGUGGUGGAUGCCAGUUACCUAACGUCUUUCCAGAUCCUUCUUCUCGGCCUUGCUCCUUUGAUUUGGUGCCCAAUAACUGCUGUUUAUGGUCGAUACCCCGUGAAUAUCUUUUCAGUCUUUGCCAGUAUGGUCUGCAACAUUGGCGGUGCCAGAUGCACCACAUAUGGUACGCAAAUGGCUACGCGGGUCCUUACUGCAUUUUUCAUCUGCCCUCCGAUCGGGAACGGAAGCGGAAUGAUUACAGAGCUGUCGGAACCGGAGAAGCGUGCGCAGAAACUAGGAUGGUGGACUCUGAUGACAACCAUUGGUACGCCCGCAGGUCCCUUCUUCAUGGGAUUCGUCACCAAGCACAUUGGCGUUCAAUGGAUCUUCUGGAUAUUUGCCAUCAUCAAUUUCUGUCAGUUCCUGUUGUACAUUGCAAUAGGCGACGAAACUAUUUUCGACGCGAGUCAUGACCGUGAACACAUCCAACGCGGGACUUUUGGUCGGAUGAUUCCUCGACGGAUCACCGCCCGUCGAUUUCAUGUCCGAGAUAUUCUGGCACCGUUCUCAUUGGCCAAGUACCCCCGUGUACUGAUUCCCGCAUGUGCCCACGCUAUUACAUUUUGCUACGCGAAUAUUGCAUUGAUCGUGGAAAUGCCCAUUGCAUUUGGCGAGAAGUUCCAUUUCGACGCACAACAGAUCGGCUUGCAGUUCAUCGCUAUUGUCAUCGGAUGUGUCCUUGGCGAGCAAGUGAGUGGACCUAUAUCCGACUGGUUCUUAAAAACUGUGCGCCAGAGAAAAGGUCACUCCUGCCCGGCUGACCGGCUGUGGCUUUCAUAUAUUGCUUUUGCGACUGUAUUUGCGGGCCUAUUAAGUUGGGGCUUUCAGCUACAGCAUGCGAUGACAUGGAAUGUUACACCCUGCGUUGGUGCAGCUAUUGCCAGCUUUGGCAACCAGAUGCAAACGACGAUCCUCACGACCUUCGCGGUGGAAAGCAAAUCGAAAAGAGCGGCUGAGGUUGGCGUUUUUGUCAACGUUUUCCGACAGAUUUACGGCUUUCUCGGCCCCUUCUACUUUCCUGAUAUGUUCUCUGCGUUGGGUCUAGGCGGGGCUGCCGGUGUAAUGGUUGCUAUCAUAGCUGGUUGCUCACUGUGUCCAAUUAUCGCCAUCCAGUUCGUAGCUACUCGACAUGACAAUCGCCAGUGA